AUGACCUAUUACUAUAUUUUGGAACUUGUUGGUGUUACAGAUGUUAAUGUUGAGGAAGGAGAGGGUAGAAAUGCUCUUGAGAUGGCCAGAUCAGUUUCGGAUAAGCAUCUUGAUCUUUUGAGGCCAUCCGCCCGAUAUUAUUCCAUAUUUAAAGGACAAGCAACAGAUUCAACAGACCGGGCAAAAGGCAAGUAUACACUGAUUAGAGGCGAGGAUGACACUCAACUGGGGUUAUAUGAUAAGCCUCUUCCUUGCUUUGGCUGUGGAAUUGGAUGGUUCUCUUUCCUAUUGGGUUUCUUGUGCCCCCUAAUGUGGUAUUAUGCUACAAUUUUGUACUUUGGGAAUUAUUAUCGAAAGGAUCCUAGGGAACGAGCUGGACUUGCUGCUUCUGCUAUUGCUGCCAUGGGCUGCUCCAUCAUAUUGCUAAUCGUAGUCUUGGUUCUGAUUUUCUAGCCGACUUUCUAAAUGCACCACAAUCGAUGCUUACUUGAACCAGUGUGCAGCAAUUGAUAUUCUGUAUACGUGUUGAUAUCAAUUCUUGAUGGAUAUAAUGAAAAUGCUUCAUAGAGUUGAAUUUUGUGAAUCUACCCUUUACAUAAUAAAUACAUGGGACGAAAAGCAAUGUUCCAUUUAGUUACUUUUCUUAUCAAAAAGAUUGAGCAAAUUGCUGAAAUUGCAGCACUUUUUGUUUUUGGUCUACUUCAA